UCAAUAAAUGAUGUGAAGUUCAUGUGAAAAACAAAUCAAAAAUGCUUAGAAGUGUUUGUGUCACUGUCAGAGUCGAAUGUUCGUAUAUGAAGCAUCUUUCUUGAAAUAUGUAAAUUUUGGAUUUAUUAACAUGUCUAAAGACGUAGAUCAUAAAAAAUGUCCUGGUAGUCAACAGUCUAAGAGUUUAACAAUCAACCGCGCAAACAAUCAAGAUGACAAAAAAACAUUGGCAAAAAAAGGAUGCUUUCAAAAAGAUUCUAGUUUUAAUAAAACUGAAAAGGAUAAUAAUUGCAACGCAGAAGUUAUUUCUCGUUCUAUUAAUAAGUUGUUAAAGAAUGAAAAAAAAUCUAGACCUACGGCAAACCCGACCAAAGUGUGUUUAAAACCAGAAGUUGUACAAGAAUCUAAAGAACAAUUUGCCCAAAGAAUAAGACAAGCAUGGAUCGACCGAGAGCAAUCAAAAUCGUGUAUAAAUAUUUAUUUGGCUAGGAAUGUUAUUGAGGACCCAUUGAUGGAAGCUACAGAUGAAGUACAAGAAUCAACAGUUGAAGAACAGGAGAUAGAUUCUUGCCGAACUGCGUUAGAAGUACAACUUCAGAAUCAUGUAGAGGAAAGUGAAAACUUACCGGAUGAUUCUAGUGAAGAAGAAAAACCACUUUCGGCCGCUGCAAGGAGAGUUAGGUUUUAUAAGACUGCAAAACAACAAAAUGAUAGACAAACAUUAACCAGAGCAAUGUCAGCACCAUCGACUAGGCAACAAAGUGUAAAUCCUACCCAAGAAUAUUAUUCGACAAAUUCUCGGAGAAAAUCCCAAGAAAUACAUAAAUUUCCGACUAGGAAAUUAAAGUCUUGUAGGAGUAAAGCUUUCCAUAAAAGCAUCAAUGGUGAUAGUCGAUUACCUAAUGGGCCCAAAUUUGGCAAAAAAAAUCAAAAUAUAGAAGUGGUCACAAUGAUGUCACUUUUAAGCCCAGUUGGAAGUGAUGUAGAGGAAUCGUCUACUCCCGAUGAUGUAUCCACGAAAACUGUGACAUUUCCUCAAUUUAAUAAUAGUAUGCGUUAUCAUCAUCAAAAAUCAUUUGAUAGCGCAAUGCAAUCAAUGGGAAAACCAAAAGUUCUCAAUAAUCGUGUUGGAAAAUCAUUAAUUAAAUCAAGAACAUUAGAAUUAUCGAGGGAUGAAGAAGACGAUGACGGAGAAGUGGUAAAAGAAGAAAAAAUUCCUGAAAGUGACAACGAAAAACGAGAAGAUGAAAUUGCAGAAAUCGCCGUUCGUUAUGAUGUAGUUGAUGGGCAACCGACGCUUAAAUCGGACAAAGAAAAAGAAUGUUGGGCUCUUUUCAAAAAAAUGACGGCCAAAGGAGUGUCUGUCACUUUUGAUACCGUAUUGAGGUUCGAAAAUAUUAAUAAAAAUACAAAUACUUUAAAGAAGCACUCUUAUCACCUUUAUUUUGUAGUCACGAGGAAUGUUAACACCGACUGAAUACAGACUACGGAAAAAUGAACUUCUUUUAUUCGGGUAGACAUAACUACAAUAAUAUAUUACGCCAUCGUAGUUAUGGACCAUGAUGUUCCUACUAGCUUCGAUACCAGCUUACGUCGUAUAGGAUUUACCAUAACAAUAUAUAGUUUAGGGUCUAUUGUUAGAAUGGAAAAAAAAAAUGAAAAAAAUAUCGCCACGAAUGUUUUUAUAAUAAUGGGAGUCGUUGCAUUGCCAGACGUUCUAAUAAGUAGGCCCUAAUAUGAACUGUUUGAUCGUCGUCAGAGGAGACAAAGGCGGGGGAAAAAAUAUCAUAACAUAUAAUAUAAAGAGUUACCCGCUGAUCAAACUUAAGCACCGAAGACACUUACACUCCAUUAUGAACAUGCCUACAUAUUAUUACUCGCGUUGUACACCUCUAUAUGCAUGUGUACGAAUAUACAUAUAUACAUUGGUAGCGCUCGCUGCACGUCAUGUACUACACAUACCGGCGGUACGCAGUGGUUUUCAAUAAAAGUGAUCGGAGCAAUGGAAGGGAGCGGUGAAAAUAUACGUCUGAUGGUCUUGCCGUAGAACGACACCAACAGAAUAGUGGCAGAACCGUACGGGACGCCGAACAACCUGAUUGGCGAGUUCGUUUUUCAUGUGUAGAGAAAAAUAAAGUUAUACAUAUUUUUUUGUUU